GGUGGGGAGUUAGCCUGUUAGCUAACAGCGGAGCUAGCCGGCUAUAAUCCGGUUACUUCCAUCAGUCGGAGUAACCUGCUCGCUCAGCGCGGUCGGUGCAGCGGGCUAGCUAACUAGCUAACGACCCCGGAGACAGGCGCCAGUUCCCGGCCUGAGUUUAUCGAGCGCCCGCUGGUUUAAGCGCACUUUGUGGGAACUUGUUUAAUAGCGGUUUAAUAUUAUAUUCACACUCGGAGUUUAAGCAGAGGAGGCCCUUCGCCACAGAUUAGCCUCCGGAGCAUCUGCUGCUGCUGCUGCUGCGGUCGGUCGGGCUGCGUUAGCCGCUAGCAGGCGAGCCAGCGAGCAGCGCUGCGCGUUUCAGCCGCUAAAGUUCCCCGGCUUUGUCUCCGAGAUGCCCGCGAUGUUGGAGAAGGGCCCGGCGGAGAUCUCGGGCAAGAGGAGAGGCAGGAACUCGGUAAACAACCCGGUCAAAAGUUUCACUUCGAACGGGAACAGUAACAAUUCGUGGGAGGAAGGAAGUUCGGGCUCCUCAAGUGAUGACGAGCAUGGUGGUGCGGGAGGAAUGCGAGUGGGUCCUCAGUACCAGGCAGUGGUCCCGGAUUAUGACCCCGAGGUAGCAAAGGCAAGCCAAGAGAGGGAGAACUUGGGAAUGCUGGUCUGGAUUCCCAACCAGAACUUGGCAGAGACUAAAUUGGAUGAAUACAUUGCAAUCGCCAAAGAGAAACAUGGGUACAAUAUGGAGCAGGCAUUGGGCAUGCUCUUCUGGCACAAGCACAACAUCGAAAAGUCUUUGGCGGACCUGCCCAACUUCACCCCUUUCCCAGAUGAGUGGACAGUGGAGGAUAAAGUGCUGUUUGAACAGGGGUUCAGCUUUCACGGCAAGACUUUCCACCGCAUACAGCAGAUGCUUCCAGACAAAUCCAUUGCAAGCCUGGUUAGAUUUUAUUACUCUUGGAAGAAAACCCGCAGUAAAACCAGCGUCAUGGACCGACACGCUCGCAAACAGAAGAGAGAUCGAGAGGACAGUGAUGAAGAAGCUGAGGAGACCAACUGCACCACUCCACCUAAUCCAGAAGUAGAGGUGAACAAGGAGGAGAAAAAAGAGCCACCAACUGUCCCAGAAAAGCCAGCACACGUGAAGAAAGAGACGCAGGGUCUGUCUGGCCGGAACCUCAACCGGGCCAAGAGGAAGCCACCCAAAGGCAUGCACCUGAACCAGAGUGACGCCUCAGCCAUGUCCAGCAGCGGUAAUGCAGCUACCAGCGUACUGAGGCAACUGGACAUGGAGCUCGUCACCAUUAAACGACAGAUCCAGAGCAUCAAACAAAACAACAGUGCUCUGAGAGAGACACUGGAUACUGGAGUGGAGGAGUUCCGGCCUCCUGAGGUGAAUCAGAAGUUUAAUACACGUUGGACUACUGAGGAGCAGCUUCUCGCAGUACAAGCCAUAAGGAAGUACGGAAGAGAUUUCCAGGCCAUUUCGGAUGUUAUUGGCAACAAAUCCGUUGUUCAGGUGAAGAACUUCUUUGUAAACUACCGGCGACGCUUCAAUCUGGACGAGGUGUUGCAGGAGUGGGAGGCUGAGCACGGAGUGGAAGGAUCAAAAAGCUCAGAGGAGGAGAAGAUGGAGGUGUCGUCUGAGGAGGGCACCACCACCCCUGUACCACCAGAGGACCAGAAGGAGGAACCGACGCCUACAGAAACGCAAACGCCCUCAGCCUCCUGAGUGCCCUCGCCACGGCCAGAUGACCUCUCCUUAACCCAAACGCAAUCCAGCUGAUGUUACUGCUGUGCUGAAGAGGCACCAGGGCUUCUACAGCCCCCUGUGUAGCUGCUUAAUACCAACCAUUCCCACUCCUCUGUCCUUCCUCUGCUCCCUCAACCCAGCCCAACCCCCCGGACUCCGGCACGUUCUGCCAAACAGAAGCUCAAAACCUCAUCAGAACCGAACGCGGAGUAAGAAAUAAGGAAUAAGGACGGAUCAGCUUUAUUUUAGCUGCUCUCUGCCAGCACAGAUGGGCAGCGGUGCUUUUUAAGCACUGCUUUCACUUACUUUUCAUAAACGUUGAGGAUGUAAAUGGAUUCGCUGAUCUGAUUGGAUGAUCUUCCGUCCCAGCUUCACUGUACUUUGUUUCAUGGUCCUUUAACACAGCCUAUGUGAGUAGGUGCUGAUGAAGUUGCCUGGUUAUUCUCACUCUCUGUUUUAACUGUCCCACCCUCUCUAGUGGACUUUCACUCUUUCACUGACCAAUCUCUCUCAUCUCAUACUCCACUCCAGCAAACCAAAAUCUUAAUUUCAUGUUUCAGUUUUGUCUUUUUCCAGCAGUUUACACAGCGAUCAGAUUGAGUACGUGUUGUAAUUUUAAAUGACUUCGGUCCACAGUUCUAUCAUGAAUCUAUUUAUUUGCUAUUUGCUUAAAAAGUGUUUUCGAGUUUCAGGAGAGCGAAGAUGUUACCAAUAAUAAUGAGAGACUGUGUUUUAAGGGGGAAUCUGGAAUUUUGAUGACUGGUCCUGUUUUCCUCUACAUGAUUGAAAGUGGAAAAGUGAAUAAUCUUUAUCACUUAAGUUAUUGGUGAAAAAAUGAUAGUAAUAAUAAUAAUGAUAAUGUAGAUUCAUUACAUUGCAAACAGCCUUGGUUUGAAGAUACUAUUGUCUGCUAAAUGAUCUUUUCAGUUUUGCAAGCAAGUUUUCAAAAUGUGUUUCUCUCAACAAAGACAAGGAAGAUUAUUUUUUAGAAUAUUUUUUUUUUUUACGUCUUUCUUUCUUCCCAUGUGUUCUUCAGUCUGGCUUUCUCUCUCUCUCCAGUACCUCAGCAAGAAUCUUAAGUGCUGAAUCUAGAAAACAUAGUGCAUAGUGAAGUUAAUGAACCAGUUUACACCCGGUCACGUCAUGUGACUAGUAUCUGGAUUGUAUCCUGAUAAAGAGUUUAACCACAUGUGUUUACAGUUAUAGUCAAAUGUUUCUCUGGUUUAGGCUGAUUUAUGCUACUGCGUGUUGAGUCAGUGCAGAUAUUGGUCUAUGAAAUGGGCCUACAUUUUUUUUUUAGGCUCUGCAGUUGCACCUCUAAGGCGGGAAUGUAAAGUUUGGAAUUAUUGGACCAAUCACAGUUGCCGCGCUUUGCAUUCACAGCUGCGACUAUCUGUGACGAAUAGUUGCCUUUCUAGAGAGGUGCGCAUUGGGCUAAGGCGUAGGCUUCAGUGUAGGAUCCUCGUCUGUGGGCAAGGUAUGCAUAAGCUGCAAUGUAGGUUUAACUCAGAAGUAUAAAUUGGCCUUUAAAGGAGAACUCAGGUGUAAAAUGGACUUUUGUUGUAGUAAAACAUCAUAAAAAGUUCUUACCUUUGAUGAAUAGCACACCUCCGUUCUCCCCUACAGCGUUCCGAGAUCCAGAAAUUUCAACAGUUUGUCCAAACACCCUUUAGACUGGGUGACACAAGGCAUAAUUUGUCCUGAUAAGUCGCUUUUUCCACCGUUGUCCAGCUCAAAGUAGCUCCACACCUACUUGCUAGAAUCCAGAGAGCCCUGACAUUUAAAACGAGGCAUUAAUAACUUAAAAAGUGCACAAGAAGCUUAUUAAAAACCACUGUUUACAUCCCAUAACACUACUAGCUUCGGCUCCGUGCGCCGCCAUCACUGUACUGAUAAUGACCAGACAUAUAUACACUGAAGCUAGCAUUAUGGGAUGUUAACAGUGUUUUUUAAUAAGCUACUUUUUAAGUUAUUAAUGCCUCUUUUAAAUGUCAGGGUUCUCCGGAUUCUAGCAAGGAGGUGUGGAGCUACUUUAAGCUAGGUAACGGUGGGAAAAGCGACUUAUCGGGGCAAAUUGUGCUCUGUGUCGAUCAGUCUGAAGGGUGUUUGGACAAACUUAAAAUUUCUGGAUCUCGGAACGCUGUGGGAGAACGGAGGUGUGCUAUUCAUCAAAGAUAAGAACUUUUAUCAUGUUGUACUACAACAAAAGUCCAUUUUACACCAGAGAUCUCCUUUAAACAGUCCUGUUGCUGUGUGGGACAGAAUAUAUGAAUCUGCUUGCUACAUCUUAAAAGGAAACCAGACGGUUUGACCACUCAACCCUUUUUUUUUUUUUUUUUUU